UGAACGAACUGUCAUCCACCAUAUCACUUUGAUCACUCAUCGAUGACUUUAUGGGAAUGUGACUAUUUUACAACCGUAAAGAGUAUUUUGGAUUUGGUGUUUCCGAGAAAAAUCGACAGACCGAUUGAUUAUUCUUUCUGGAUCGGCAGAAACCCGUGUAACAUCAGUGUUGUAUCGUCGAAACAGAAAAAUUUCAAUAUGCCAAUUUUAUAUAGUGUAGUGGCUCGUGGAACAAUUAUAUUGGCGAAACAUGCUGCAUGUGUUGGAAACUUUGAAGACGUUACAGCAAAAAUCUUGGCAAAGAUCCCACCAGACAACGACAAACUCACAUACUCGCAAGGGCCUUAUCUUUUUCACUAUAUUUGCGAGGAUCGCCUUAUUUACAUGUGCAUUACCGAUGAUGAUUUUCAAAGAUCCAGAGCAUUUUUGUAUCUUAAUGAAAUUAAAAGAAGAUUCUUAGCUGUUUAUGGACCAGGUGCUCAAACUGCCGUAGCUUAUGCCAUGAAUACAGAAUUUGGUCAUGUUUUGGCUAAUGAAAUGAAACAUUAUAGCGAAUCCAAAGAUCUUGAUAGAUUGUCUAAAGUCCAUGGUGAGCUAGAUGAGCUUAAGGACAUAAUGGUAAAAAAUAUAGACAACAUAGCGAUGCGUGGCGAGCGAUUGGAACUGCUUGUAAACAAAACGGAAAACUUGUCUGCCAAUUCCGUGACAUUCAGAAAGACAAGUAGAAACCUAGCACGCUCCUUAUUUUGGAAGAAUGUAAAAAUUUAUGUCAUUGUCGGCAUAAUUUUAAUUGUUGUAGUAUACGUGAUUGUUUCUAUAACGUGUGGAGGCUUGGCUUGGCAAAAAUGUGUGGGAAAUUAAUGUAUUAUAUAUGUACGAUACAGUGUUCAAACGCCGAUUGAAUAUAUAUGGAGGAAAAGUGCAUGAAAAUUUAGUAAUAAGACUGAAAACUAUUAGAUCCGUAAAGUUACACUAUUUACAAAUUUAUUGUUAUAUCUUAGUUUACGUACUACAAUAAGAACAUUGUACUACUAAC